AGAGAGAGAAGCCUACACUCGAAGCAAAAAAGAAUCGAUCGCUUUGUCUCUCUCUCCGUCUCCGCCGUCGCGUAAUCCCUAAGUAGGUUCUGAUUCUCUGUUCGUCGGCGGGGAGGUUUUGGGGAAAGAUGGGGUUUCUCUCCAACAAGAUCUCCAGAGAUGAAGUGAAGCCAGGCGAUCACAUCUAUUCGUGGCGUCAGGCCUAUGUCUACGCUCAUCACGGAAUCUAUGUGGGAGAAGGACAAGUCAACCAUUUCACUCGUGGGGAUGGUCAAGAGACUGGAACCGGGACUUUCUUGGACAAGCUCAUUGUUAGCUCAGCCCCUAAUCAUGGAGACACCCCAUGUCCUAACUGUGGUGAUAAAACCAAGGUUGGUGGUGUAAUCUCUUCCUGUCUCGACUGCUUCCUCGCCGGAGGCGAUCUCUACGUCUUCGAGUACAGCGUCUCUCCUGCUAUCUUUCUCGCCAAGCCUCGAGGCGGCACAUGCACGAUAGGAGCUUCCGAUCCUCCGGAAGAAGUCAUCCACCGUGCGAACUUCCUCCUGCGAAACGGUUUCGGUGUCUACAAUGUUUUCAAGAACAACUGUGAGGAUUUCGCCAUCUACUGCAAAACGGGGUUGCUGGUGGCGAACACUGACGUGGGAAGGAGCGGUCAAGCGGCUUCGAUUGUUGCAGCUGCCAGCGUUGUGCUCUCUUCACCACUCAGGUUUGUAGCGGGGUUUGGUAGUUUGGCUGUGGCUGGAUAUGGCAUGUACUGCGCUAGUCGUUUGGUUUCAGACGUUGGCAUGCGGUGGGAUGUGAGCAAGGUGCCUGUGGAGAGACUUGUUGCUGAUAUGGAUGAUAUGGCUGGAAUGGAAACUAAACCGGAGGACGAUAAGACAAGUUAACGGGAAAAUUACGCAGACAAGACAACUGGUGCUUCAUGUUUUAUCGACUUGUGCAAACGUCAUUUCUAAUGUUAAUAUAAAACGUUGACUUAAGGUUUAACACUGGCCUAUGAUUAUUCACUUUAUUAUAUAUAUACAAAUGUAAUGUUUUAACAUUCAUAAGAAGCUUUGAAAA